AUGUCGUCGACGGCCGGCAGGGCGCAAUACAACAGCAGUCAUGCAAACAGCAACGCCAGCGGAGGCGAGCAGCGGCCAGAGGGCACGCGAUCGCGGAUGAGCCAAGCCCAGAGCAGCGUGCACAGCAGCUUUCGAAGCGGCGAGCGUCCGGAUGGCAAGUACCGAGAGGCACCGCCCCAGGUCAGCUACGCAAGCACGGCGCACAAGCGGACGGCCUCUGGCAAUCCACGGACGGCCGGCCGGCCGCCAGCAGGAGGGGGUGGAGGAGCUCGAGCGGGCACGCCUUCGGGGGCACCCGAACACGGUGGAGAAAGACGGACAGAAAGGACGGUGAUCACGACGAGGGACAUGCUAGUGUCGCGAGCGCGAAGUUCGGAGCGACGGGGGUCAGCGGCCGGGGCGACCAAAGAGAGCAGGGCAGCCGCAGCAGCAGCAGCAGCAGCAGCCACGGCAGCCCUUCACAAGACACUCGAUGGACGAGGACGAGAGGCGACAUCGGCAGCGAUGGCAGCAGCAGCAGCAGCAGCUCCGGCAGCAGAGGCAGCGGUGCCGUGGAACCCUGAAGCGAUGCUGCUGCCGCACACGUCAGCACCGCUAGCGUCGCGCAUAUCAGUACCACCGCUGGCAGCUCAGAUGCCAGCCAGCCUGCAACCGAGACCACUGAGCAGCAUGACGCUGGAGCAGCAGGAAGCGGCAAUGCUGGAUGAUUUGCUGGGGGUGUUUAUGGGGUGCGAGGGCCAGUACAUCCGGUUUGGCACGGGCUACGACCCGCAUGAGGAGCGAGACCGGUUGUCGGGGCCACCGUGGCGGAUUUUGGGGGGGCUGGACCCGAGCCUGCAGGACCUGACGGUGGUGAUGCUGCGGUCGGCGACGCACUACGUGGCGUUGGAGGCGUUUGUGGACGUGCAGAGCCGGGAGGGGUUCGGGCUGGUGAACCACGCGCUGUGCGCAGCAGUGCGGCGAUUUCUGCAGGACUACGUGGUGCUGAUCGCGCAGCUGGAGACACAGUUCCUGACGGACACGGGUUUCACGCUGCAUGUGCUGAACAUGCACAUGCUGCCGACGAGCCAGAUGAUGCUGCAGCUGUACGCUCUGGCGCACGAGCUGCUGAAGAAGAACGCGCUGCUGGACGACGACGACGAGUCGGAGGUAUCGAGUGACGACGGGGCAGACGACUAUGACAAGAUCAUCAACCAGCUGCGCGAUGGCGGCGAGCUGGUGCCGGGCAACGCGACGACCAAGAAGAUCUGCAAGGGCGGGGCGGUUUUGGAGACGAUCACGCGGCGGCUGGAGGCGAUGUCGGGCGACCCGGCAGCACGCGCGCUGCUGACGGCCCUGCUACGUGAAGCCAGCCGGCCGUACAUGGUGAUGCUCAACGAGUGGCUGCACCACGGCGGGAUCAGCGACCCGCACGGCGAGUUCCUGGUCAAGGAGCAGAAGAGCAUCCGGCGUGAGGUGCUCAAAAACGACUACACGGACGAAUACUGGGACCGACGAUACACGCUGCGCGACAAGGACGUGCCAUCGCAGCUGGCGGGAGCGAUCAAGGAUAAGGUGCUGCUGGCGGGCAAGUACCUCAAUGUGGUGCGCGAGUGUGGCGGCGUGGACACGAGCAAGCAGGUGAUGGACGUGCCGACGUCUUUUGACGACAGCCGCUUCCUGGACAACAUCAACACGGCAUACGGCCACGCGAACGGAUCGCUACUGCAGCUGCUGCUGACGACACACGCGUUGCCGGCACGACUGCGCUCGCUCAAGCACUACUUCUUUCUCGACCCUGCCGACUACUUUAGCUAUUUUCUCGAGCUCGGCCACAACGAGCUGCGCAAGCGGAGCAUCCGGGCAGUCAACACGGGCAAGCUGCAGUCGCUGCUGGACCUGGUGCUACGGCAGCCCGGCAGUGCCGUCUCGCUGGACCCGUUCAAGGAGGACGUCAAGGUCGAGAUGAACGAGACGACGCUGGUGCAGGCGCUGCAGCGCGUCGUCAACAUCACCGGCAUUGACCAGGGCGAGGUGCUGCAGCUGUCGAUGUUGGCGGCCGGCGGGAGCGGGAGCAUGGACGCGAGCGGCAGCGGUGGUGGUGGUGGCAGCAGCAGCAGUUCCGGCGAAGCCGAUGGUUACGCGUCGCUGCAGCUCGACUAUGCCGUGCCGUUUCCGGUCUCGCUCGUGAUCAGCCGCAAGACCAUUUGGCGGUACCAGGCGCUCUUCCGGUUCCUGCUGUCACUGCACCAUCUCGGGUCGCAACUGACGACGACGUGGCAGGCCCAGAUGGGCGAGCUCGCCUGGUUCCACCGGUCCUCGUCACGCGAUGUGGCCGCAUGGAAGCGCCGAUUGUGGACGCUGCGGGCGCGCAUGCUCGUGUUUGUGCAGCAGCUGCUGGCCUUUUGCACAGCCGAGGUGAUCGAGCCGAACUGGCAGGCCCUCAUGUCGCGGCUCGGCGGCGGUGACGGUCAGCCGGCCGCGCUGCCUGGCCGCACGGUCGAUGAACUGAUGCAGGACCACGUCGACUUUCUCGACACCUGUUUGAAGGAGUGCAUGCUGACUAAUAGCAAGCUGCUGAAGAUCCACGCAAAACUGAUGCAGACCUGUUUCUCGUUUGUCAACUUUGCCAGCUACCUGACCCGCAACAUGGACAAGAUCGACCGCGACCUUGCCGGUCCUGCUCAACCCAAAGACGCCACACCGGCCCAGUGGGCAGCCUUCCAGCAGAUGCAGGCCCAGCGACAGCCCGACACAGCAGCGGGUGCGUCGACGGCCACCAGCGCCAGCGCCGCGGCAGACGAGGAGACGCGCAGCCUGGUGGAGCGGCUGGCCAAAUACGAGCACCACUUUGGACGCAACCUGCAGGUACUGCUAGACGCGCUUAAUCACUACGCGGCGACGGAGACAGUGGUGCUGCUGAGCCUCUGCGCGCGGCUCAGCACGGCCAAUCAGGGGUCGGAGUACUCGGGGCUGCGGCACGAGGAGGAGCUGCUAUGA